UUGUUUUUGGUGCAAUAUUUUCACGAAAUGUAUCAUUAGAUCAAUUAAUUACGCUUAAUAAUUAUAGAUUUCCAACAUUUAUCCAAUCAUAUUCAUGGGCUAUGUUACGUGGUAUUGGAUUUCGUGUAUAA